GUCGGCUUGGCAUUCCUUGCUGGAGUCGUUGCUGCACUAAUCCUGAUUCCUCUCAAUAAAUGCAUCACGAAUAGCAUUGGACGAAUGUCGGUGAAACUGAUGCAUUGUAAAGACCAGCGAGUAAAGGUAGUUCGUGAAACAAUGGAGGGCAUCCGAGCUGUAAAAUCAUCUGCAUGGGAGGCCUUCUUCGAGGAGAAAGAUAAACAAACUCCGUGA